AUGCCCUUGCCUUCCAAGUACGGACCGCUGGGACUCUCGAAGCUGGAGCAGAGCCAAUGGAUAACACUGGGCACUCCUAGUGCUAAGAAGCCAGUCAAUUUCACGCUACGAAAUGUAGAGAACAGAAUUGAACAGGCAGCAUCCCACCACGACGGAGACAUAGAGAUGAUCGCCAUGGAUGACCCCCUCGAGGUGGCGGCUGUCUCCCAGUACGUUGACUACUCUCGCCACAUCAACCAUGCCACUGCUGAUAUUGACAUGGACCACGAGGCGUCCGUCCAGCCUGGCGUCGCCUAUGAGGUGAUCCAGGGCAACCAAUCGUACCUCAUCAUAGACACCAACUUCAUCUUAUCCCAUCUCAACAUCGUCAAUGAGCUCGCCACCUUGGCUUCCAAAUACAGGCUAAAGCUUGUGGUGCCCAUAGCCGUGAUGAAGGAGUUGGACGGGCUCAAAAACUCCACCAAAGCUGCAAACGAGUCCGACUCCAGGCUCUCUGGCCGUUCCAUUGGCCACUUGGCAAGGUGGGCAAACGACUGGAUCUACGCCGGCUUGGCUUCUAAAAGCACUGUAAUAAUAGGCCAGAAAAUGAACCAACGCAUAGACAGAGCCACUGUCCAAGAUGAAGCCAUAUUGGACUGCUGUCUCUGGUACCAACAAAACUACUCCUCCAACUUGGUGGUUCUACUAUCCAAUGACAAGAACUUGUGCCUCAAGGCACUAACCAACAACACCUUGACUGUGAGCUAUAGACCUAGCAUGACUGGAGAACUCAUUGGGAAUGUUAUUUACACCGAGAAUGUCCAGAGGUAUGGAGAGGCCCUGUCGGUACACCAGCCAGUUCCUUCCACCAUUGAUGCCUCUGCCGUGUCUUCAGUGAUAAAAUCGACAGUUACGACUUCCCCUGCUGAAGAGAGUCUGCUCCACCAAGCAUGUUCUACUAUAUAUGAUGAGGUCCAGAAAUUGACCCUCUCGGUGGUGCAUCGAUGCAUGGAGUCUUCGUACGGGGAUGACUUGGAUUUAUUGAGAGACUACGAUAAGAACGCCAUCGUCAACCUUCAUGACUGCUCACAGGUAUUUAUCCGAUUUUGGAUGGUUGUUUUCCAGCAAUACUUGGGACAUGGGGAUAAGCCCUUCGAACAAAUGGGUCUGAAACGAGUUCCUAAGUGGGUAGACGUGCCCCAAACUGCAGGCGACUUGAGGGAAUUCGUCAACUUCUGGAGUGAAAUUUUGCGUGCAUUGUAUGCUGGAGAGAUGGAUGAUUCGCAAAAUCAAGCAUUAUCAUUGCUCAUCGAAAGGUGGGAAGAGCUCAGUCGCAAGUACUAA